AUGUCCUCCUCGUCCGCGCCCGCGCCGCCGCCGCCGGCGACGCACUCCCCCGACGGCCAAAAGAUAUGCUACGAGGAGACGACGACGCCGCCGGAGGGUUGGAUCUUCCCCCCGCCGCCGGCGUCGCCGCCGCCGCCGCCCAUCGGAACCGUCCCGCCGCCGCCGUGGAACGCGCCGUCGCCGCCGCCGCCGCUGCCGCCGGAUCCGACGCUCAACCUCACGGGGUCCGGGUCGGGGGGCGCGGUCACGACGUGGACGAUCGUCGUGCCGUGCCCGGCGGAGGAGGAGGUGGCGGCGGGGAAGGCGCUCAUCUUCGGAUUCGUCGACGGCGAAAACCCGUACCAGCUCGCCGCGUUCGUGCUCUUCUGGAUCGUCGGGUUCGCGCUCCUCGUGAGGCGGUACUACGUGAAGUGGGCGAAGCGGCGCGCGGACCGAAUCGUCACGUUCGAGAUCGCGUGCGGGAGGUUCGUGAACCGGGGCUUAUGGAGCGCGAAGAAGAAUUUCGACAAUUACCUCCGCGAACGCGACGACGCCGUCGCCGAGGCGAAACUCGCGAAAGAGAUGGCGAAGAUGAAGGGGAAGAAGAACAAGAAGAAGCGCCAGCGGCGGAAGAAAAAAGCGCCGCCGCCGCGCGAGCCCAUCCCGGUCCCGAUGCAGACGUUCUUCGACUCGUAUCGACUCGUCGAGGACCCGGCGCGUUGGCGGUCGCGGCUGCGCGUCGUCUUGGAUCCGGAGGACACCGACGCCGUGACGUUUCGGUCGUUCGUCGUCGGCCUCGGCGCGCUCGGAACCGGGGUAUUCGAGCGCGUCGGGAGCGACUACGUGCACCCGAAGUUUAUCUUCACGUUCGGGCUCUUAGACCCGACGCGCGCGGGGCACGUGAGUCGCGACGACCUCUUGAAGCUCGCGUGGAGGUUCGUCAAGGCGAAGGAGAAGAAGUGGAAGCUCGACGUCGACGAGAGCGACGACGAGGACGACGACGGCGGCGCGGCGGCGGACGAGAAGGAUAAGAAGCCGAAGUUUCGCAAGCUCGCGGACGUGGAGGACAUCGAGGAGGUUGGCGAGCGAGCGGCGCUGGAGCGACGGCGGAGGGAUCACGUCAAGAUUUAUGUGAGCGAUCAAAACGCGAUGAAACUGAAAGGCUUCACCACCGACGGGUCCAAGCCCGACGAGGAGGUCGAAGACCUCGACGCGUGGACGCGCGUGAACCCUCUGAAGACGGAAAAGCAGAAGCGACGAAGCGCGCGAGACCGCGCGAAGAUAGAGAAGCGGAUGGAGACCAGGAAGCGGCUGCGGAAGGCGGUGACGACGCUGCGAGACGAAUACCGCGAACGCGUGGAUCUGAGCGAUUUCGCGCGGCUCGCGACGGCGCUUCCGCAGCCGUUCAAACCCGCGUUUCGGCUGUACGACGCGCUGAAAAAGUACGUCAAACCGGCGACGAGGGUCGUGGCCGAGGUCCCGGGCUUAGCGCUCGACGAGCGGCGCGUCGCGGACGAGGUGGACCAGUGGGUCCGAGACCAAAAGCCGGCGUGGUUUUUCGACGACCCGAGGACGAUUAAACGCCGCCGCCGAGAGGACCGAGACCCGAAACUGUUAGAGGAGCUCGCGCACAUGACGCGGAAACCUUCCAGCGAUAAAGAAACCGUGAGGGAUAUGUUCGAUAAGUACGACGAAGACCGAAGCGGCGGGCUGGACGUCGAGGAGGUUGCGUACGCGCUCGGGGACUUGGGCGCGCUCGAUCACGUCCUCGCGUCGUGGGGCAGCGUCGAGGAAAUUUUCGAGGAGUUUGACGACGACCAGAACGGCACGAUGGACUUCACCGAGUUCACGACGAUGAUCAACAAAAUCAAGCAGCUGAAGCGAAAGGCAGAGGGCGAGGACGUCCAGGAAGAGGCCGCGGUCGAGAUCGGGGACGAGAGCAAGCUGUACGUCGUCGAUUUGAACGGAAAGCGACGCCCGCCGAGGCCGCCGCUCGGGCCGAAGAUCGGCGGCCGGUCCCAAGCCGUUCGAAUCAACGCGCGAUACAGAGUAGACUCCCUCCUCACGAUGCCGCCGCGCGAGGCGGUGGAGACGCUGAGCAAAGUCAGCGAGCGCGCGCGCGUGCUCGCGCUGAACAUGCUGAAGAUUAAAAACGCCGCGGAGAUUGUCUACGUCAUGCCGCCGCGGCAACGCGCGGAGCUGUACCCGUCUCUGCACCCGGACGUCGAGCUCGAGGUCCUCUCGAUGCUGAAACACCCGGAGCGCGUGAGAAAGCACCCCACGGAGCUGCGGACGUUCGUGGACAGGCAGGCGGUGGAGUUGCCGGGGAGCGUGGGAGGCGCGAGCGGCGUGCCCGCGUUUCUGACGGCGCCGCCGGUGCGAUUCCCGGACGAAGACGAGCUCGACAGCGCGCGGGAGACGACGACGCGUUCCAACUCGAGCUCGAACGACGGACGCGGGCGCGCGCGGGGGGACGCGUACGCGGUCGUGGACGUGGGCGAGGGCGGCUCGGAGUCCGAGUCCGAGGACGACGACGGGCUUGACGAGGACGGGAGGUUUAGGUAUCACAUAGUCUAGCUAGAAUGAAAAACGUGACCU